AUGCCCCGACCUGCUAUGAUGAAGACCCCCAAGACCUCCAUGGGUCUCAACCAGAUCCUCAGCUUUGUCAACUUCUCUGCGGCACUGGUUGUCGCCGUCCUCUUCUUCCUCCCUCUGCGAAAUAUCAAGAUCGGUAUCAACAAGCCGGCUGCCAACCUCACCACUUUCGCACUCGAUAGCGAUGAGUCCUUCUCCACCAUCCCGCCCUUCUACUUCAAGAACAUGAGCGACUCAUGUGUUGCCCUGUGGAUUCAGGAGUUCCUUGUCCCUCUGGAUCAUCUGUGUCACAAGACAGUUGUGGAUGCUAACAGCAGGAAGCUCCCCGAGGAUCGGCUGGAGAUGAUUGGUAAUAGGCUUGGACCACCUUGGAUCGACCGCUAG